GGGGCUAUAACAACACUCUCAAAUGUUGUUAUAACCCUAAUGAACACUUCUCUGCCCACUUUUAUUUUCUCUUUAGCUGCCUUUCUUUUUUGAAGCAAACAGUGCGGCCCCAGGACCACGUGAAGACAGCUGGCGGAGGCGUCAACCACAUCCCUGCCUUUGUCUCCUGCAGCUCAAAUGCUCUGUUCCUGCCUACUUGCACUUCUCGCUCACCUUUUGCCAAUCCAUUGGUGGCCAUUUGCACAGAGAUUUCCUAGCCGGCAUUUCACCUUUCCACAUGCCCUUCACAAGGAGAACAUUCAGAAACCGCACAAGAAGGAAGAAGUCUGGAAAGCUUGAUUUGGAGAAGUGGGCUUGGUGAUCAGCUGGAGUCUCAUGGGCAUGAGAAAUGACGGCGAUCAUGGUUGAUGCCAGCAAGGAGCAUAUGGGAACAGCAUCUCAGUCGCAGCAUACAGCAGUGGGAAAACACAGCAGUCACAUCCCACUUCUGGACAGGCUCUUGGCAACAAGGGGCAUUUGGGAGCUUCCGGGUGGCCAGCCAGAGCAAGUCAAGAGGCUGCUCUCAUCGCACCAACCUGGGUCAUUCAUCAUUGCGAGAGAUGGAAACGAAGGCUCUGGGAUGCUUUUCCUCCGGAUGCCAGGCAGUGAGAGUGAGGCUGUCUGCCUUUUCCCUCUUGAGGAGAGCUCAGCUGUUCACCUCAAGGGUUCUCAACUGUAUUUCAGAAACCUUUUGGAACUUGUUGGCUUCCACUUUGUGAGCAGAGAUAUCCUGCCCUGUUUGCUCAGGAUCCCCCACAUCUUUCAACUUUCUUCCAGAGCUGAUUUAGAUGCAGUCACCACUUUGGGCACAACAUUCUGGACGAUGCCUCUUAAACCUGGUCAUGGUCUGGCAUCAGAUGAAGCAGAAGCAAGCUCUGUGGAACCCAAUGGGGAACUGCUGAAAUCUGGGCAGCCCUCUUGCUCCAUCCGCGUGACAUCUGAGGACGCCGCCCUGUGCAUCGUGAACCCGCUUUUUCUCUCCGUGCACAGUGAUAUUGAAUGGCUUGACCUCGCCCCCGGCCUGUGGCACUCCAGCAAGAGAAGGUCACUGCAGCUCUCCAAUGGCUCAGCCAAGCAAGAAGCCCCAGUUGGUUUGGGACAUCUGGGGUCUCUGGAAGAGGAAGAGAAGCCGGAGAAAGACCCUCUGUCCCGCUCAGCCUCUGCACGGCGGAAGUUCCUUUCUCGCAGACCGUCCUGGAACAGUUCUGAAACCGAGGAGCUGCCAUGGUCCCCCACUCUGCCCCUGAAGGAGGCCCGGUCUCCACACCGUGUUUCCUGGGUGGAAGGGAUCUCUGCCGACGCGCUUCCGUGUUGGCCCUUGAAAAAGACCCAUUCCGAAUCAUUGCUGCUGAACGACUCCAUGUUGCUGCCUCUCAUUCCGGAACUGGAUUCGCUCUCCAUCAGCAGUGUGGAGGACGAGGGAGAUGGGCUUCCUCCUGCCACCCCCUCUUCACAGAAGAGACAGCACCCCUCCUCCUCCAACUUCACCCACAAGGUGCUCUACCGCCUCUCGGCCAUGAGCAACGCCCUCACUGGCUUCCUCUCGCCCGAGCGCCGGGUCUCCAAGCGGGUGCAAGAGCUGGCCCAGGAGCCUACAUCUGACGUGGGAGGUCUCGUGCAGAACUUUGUGGGGCACAUUCUGCGAGGUGCUGGGACGCGGCACCCCACCAGCAUGGACAUGCUGCAGGAAAUACGGAAGAUGAUCAGCAACCUGAAGGGCUACCUGUGCGAGAGCUCUGACCUGCGCGUGGCCUACUACGAAUGCAGCGAAGCCGAGGAAAUGGACCUGGGUUCCGUGGUGGAAGGUGCCCUCUACAAAUGCAUCCUGAAGCCGCUGCGGGAUUCGAUUUAUGCCCAGUUGCUGGACUUCCGCACCCGUGAUGGGACUCUGGACCGCUUGCGUGAAAAUCAGCUGACCAUGAGCCAGCAAAGCUUGGAAGAGCUCGGCGUGGUGGCCAGCGUGCCCGAUGGGGCUUGCUUGGAGCGUAUCCAGACCAAGCUGGGUCUCCUGCACCAGGCCUAUUCGCCCAAGAAGAAAGAGACUCAGAUGCUGAAGGUCUGCAAGAUGCUCUACGAGGCUAUGAACCUCAGUUGUGAUAAGGCAGAGGCCUUUGGUGCUGAUGACUUCCUGCCGGUUCUUAUCUACGUGCUGGUGCACUGCGACGUGGUGUCGGUACAGUUGGAUGUGGAGUACAUGAUGGAGCUGAUGGACCCCAGUCAGCUGCAGGGAGAAGGUGGCUACUACCUCACAACUUGGUUUGGGGCUCUCUAUCACAUUGAAAACUUCCAGGCAGCUUCCACCAUCACCAGGCAGAUCAGCGUGGAGGCCAAGCGUUCCAUCCAUCAGUGGCAUCGCCGCCGCACCAUCCACCACCACCAUCGCCGGAAUUUGCAGAACAUCCUUUACGUCUCCUUCCUUGAACCCUUCAGUAACCAGAAGACCAUCUCGGUUCCUCCCAACAUGACAACAGCGUUGGUCUGUGCAUUAUGUGCCGAGAGAUAUGGUGUCUCCGAUGGUGCAAGCUACGGCCUUUUCUUGGUGUCAGACAACUCCUCUCGGCUCUUAACAGAGGACAGCUGUCCACAGAAGAUCCAUGCAGAUCUCGUCCAAUCCCAAGGGGGCCGGGUCAAUUUUGUUUACAAGCCCAAAGGUGGAGCCCUGCCUGCCCUUGGUUCCUCUCUUCUUCAGGAGGCUGUUAACUUCACUGAGUCCCACAAGCCUCUGGAAAGUGUGGGUAUGGAGCCACUGGAGGUGGACUGACUAUGGCUUGGAACUUUCCAGACAUGUCCUCUUGUCCUCCUGGGUUGGGUACAGUUUCCAGCUUGGCAGAAAUCUGAGAAAAGGCUGUGUUCCUGUGGAAUAGAAUCUCAGACAAGAAGACCCUUGAGCAGAAGAUCUUGGCCUGAGGUGCCCACCUUGGCAGUAGCUGUCAUCAGCUCUGAAACCAGCUAGGGCACAGGAGUGGGGUGGACCUGUUGAAGUUGUACUUCCCAGAGGUCUCCUUCUUUUAGCCUUCCUCAUUCUGGUUCCUCUCCACCCAACAUGAGUUUUCCCAACCAGCACCUCAAGUAUCACCGCAAAUUGCACCGUCAGCUCCAGGCUGUGAAGGUGUCCUGCUUUGAUACAUGCAUUCCUCCUCUUUUGCUCAAGUCUUUGAUUAUCAUCCUGAUCAGCUUCUCCAAAGCCUUGGCCCCACGUCUCAAAUUGUACACUUUGCUACACUCCCAGCAGGGCCAGAAGGCUUUUUUGCCCACCCAAGAGAGACUAUCAAAUUGAUUAUGGAAAAGUCAAUCUGAACAUAAUGGUUUAAUUUUACAUAAUGGUUUUUAAGCAUGUCCUUUUCUUAGCUUGGAAUCUGGCAUUUCCUCCUUCCCCAUCCUCCAAGAGAAUGGGAGCCAUGUCUAUAAACUUGCUGCAGGCCUGAAAUUUUGAUUUAAGCACUUUGUCGUUCUUUAAUAAACCCAAAGAUGCAAAUAUCCCCACCUGGUUAACACUCCAUCCUCAUAGUGCUGUUUUCUGGAUAACAGUGGCCACAAAGAAAUUAUUUGGGGUGUCCAAUCCCCUCUUUUCCAGUG